UGGGGGGGGGUGGGGGUAACAUGUCAGUGUUUUUAGAUACAAGACUCGCUAAGAAGCAAGAGGAGAAGCGGCAGUAGCAGUAGGAGGAGCUGCGCUGUUUUCCCCAGCGCUCAUCUCCACAGGGAUGGAAGACUUGACUUCAAGCCCCGCGGAGCUUGUUGGCUCGCUAACACGCGGCAGGAGUGAAACGCUGUGCAGGGUACUGCGAUGACUGCUGGUGUAACUUUAGUAAACAAUUUGCCUUGCUCGUCUGUGAUUAGAGAACCCAGUGGAUUUGUUCCAGAAAUGUCUCUGGUGAAUGUCAGGAGGCCUACUGCAAAAUACACAAAGGUCGGUGAGAGGUUGAGGCACGUUAUUCCGGGGCACAUGCAGUGUUCGAUGACCUGUGGUGGUCGAGCCUGCAAGUAUGAAAAUCCCUCUCGGUGGACAGAAGAAGAGCAAGCCAUCAAAGGGCUCUAUUCAUCAUGGAUCACAGACAACCUGCUGGCAAUGGCUCGGCCUUCCACUGAAAUUAUUGAAAAAUAUGAUAUAAUUGAACAGUUUCAAAGGUGUGGUAUCAAAACCAUAAUUAAUCUGCAGCGUCCUGGAGAGCAUGCAAGCUGUGGAAACCCACUGGAGCAGGAGAGUGGCUUUACCUACCGACCUGAGAUAUUUAUGGAGGCUGGAAUUUAUUUUUAUAAUUUUGGAUGGAAGGACUAUGGAGUGGCCUCUCUCACCACUAUUCUUGACAUGGUGAAAGUAAUGUCCUUUGCAAUUCAAGAGGGGAAAAUGGCAAUUCACUGUCAUGCAGGGUUAGGCAGAACAGGUGUGCUGAUAGCUUGCUAUUUAGUUUUUGCAACACGGAUGAGUGCUGACCAAGCAAUUCUUUUUGUGAGGGCAAAGAGACCCAAUUCAAUUCAAACCAGAGGGCAGCUAUUGUGUGUGAGAGAGUUUGCCCAAUUCUUGAUACCUCUGAGAAGCAUCUUUGCCUUUGCUGAACCCAAAUCCAAUGCAGUCACUUUGUCUCAGUAUCUGAUUCGCCAACGUCAUCUUUUACAUGGUUAUGAAGCUAGGCAGCUCAAAAAUGUGCCAAAAAUUAUACACUUGAUUUGCAAGCUCUUGUUAGACAUUGCACAAAAUAGGCAGGUGAUUGAGGAGGAGAUUUUGGAGAUCCCUGACCUGUCAGCCGAACUUGAAAAAACUGUAUCUCAGAUAGCCAUUUUGCAGUUAGAUCAUGAGCUGAAUGACAAGGAUAGGCGAGUGUCAGGCAGCAUUGCUAAUGAUACUAGUCAGUCCGCCCUUUCCAGCGAAUCUGAGUUUGAUCCCUUGUGGAAGAGACGCAAAACAGAAUGUGUCUGUCCACUAUCAUACCUUAAAAGGCGUCUUAGCUACAGUGACUCUGAUCUGAAGAGAAGAGAGAUCCUUCUGGAUCAAGAAGAAACACCUCUUUCUGUGCCUGCCAAUAUGCAUUGUACCUGUACUUUUACUAAGCAAAGUUUAUCUCAGACCAGCCUAGUGGAACCUUUCAGCAUUGAAGACAACACAGUGCCUAACGUGUCCAUUCAAGCUUCAAGCAAUAAAACAGAUCCUUUUUUCACUGGUACUAGUGUUUGGGACCAAAGGAAUGGAUCUCCAAUUUUGCAAAGGAGAGAUUCCUCAAAAGAUGUGCAGCGUGGCCGAACAUCCUCUUUAGGCUCUUUACUGACAGAAAACAAGAAGACUAUAAAGGAUAAUGAACUUUGUGGUGAAAAAAGUUUCAUAGCUUGUCACUCCAACAUCUCAUCUACAGAAGAGUCCAUAUUUUCAGAGUCAAUGUUUCACAUCAGUGAUGAGUGGAGAGAUAAAUCUGAGGAGAUUCCUUUUAUCACACUGCAGUCUGAACUAUCUAUUGAAUCCAGAAGGAUUUUAGUGGCACAGGCACUUGCAGUCGAUAUGGAUAUUGAGAAUGACAAAGACCACCAGCAGAAGAUUGAAAGUUGGCAGAGAGAGCUUAACUCCAAAGAAGGAGCCUGGGACAGAAUAUGCUCUGAACGAGAUCCAUUUGUGCUUGCUGCACUAAUGUGGUCCUGGGUAGAGCAGCUUAAGGAGCCAAUUAUAACCAAACAUGACCUUCAAGUUCUUGAGCAGAAAUGUGCUGAUCCAGAGCAAGCACUCUACUCCUUGGAAAAGAGUUCCCAGCAAACCCUGCUUUGUAUUCUGGAUUGCCUCGCCUUUGUGCACAUCAUCCCGGAUGACAUAGAUGAGGCUUGCCUGGUGCGGCUUAUUAAGGCUUUUACCAAAGUUGAAUUUAAAAGUGAUGAUGGACCAUGGGUUUACAACAUACUUAAAACAAUUGUAAGGCCACUGUUAAGUGAAAAGAGAAGAAAAAUUACAGAGCAACUGGAGUCUGCAUGUACUUGUUUACAUGUAUCUUAGUGCGUAAACUAUCCACUUCAACAACUUGGCUGAUAAUUACUUGCGAUUGACUGCAUUUUCAACUCUGUGAGGUAGUAGUGGCAAAAUAUAAUCAUAAAUGGGGUCCCAACAAAUUAAGUAAUUUGUUGGUUGUUGUUUAACAAUUUUCACAUUUAAAUUUGUUUGGGAGACAAAAUGUGUUUUCACAUUGCAGGUAAUUCAUCUUUCAAACUGUAUUUAUUUAUUUAUUUAUUUUUUAAGUUGACUGGUAUUAUGCUUGAAGAACUGUUGUCUAACUCAUCCUUAGUAAUAAGGAGAUGUAUCUGCAAGAAAUAUUUUAAUUCUGUUCAUUUCAUUAAGUACAUAACUGCAUUGAAAAAGGCACAGUUAUGUGAUAUUUAUUCUGGUGCAUCUCAAAAGUUAUAUUUGGCCACCUAAUGUUUAAUACCGUUUAGGAAAACUGCCAUUAAGGGAAGUGCCAUAUUUAAGGGUUUUCUGAUAAGUUGUUUUUCACAGCCUCCACUGUUUUUGGAAUCAGGAAUUUUCACUUGAUAUGCAGUGGUGAUACAUAUAUACUCACUGGCCACAUUAUUAGGUACACCUGUUCAACUGAUUUUUAAUGCAAGUAUCUAAUCAGCCAGUCAAUGGCAGUAACUCAAUACAUUUAGGGAUGUAGACAUUGUCAAGACAACCUGCUAAAGUUCAAACCGAGCGUGAGAGUGAGGAAGAGAGGUGAUUUAAGUGACUUUGAACGUGGCAUGGUUGUUGGUGCCAGAUGGACUGGUCUGAAUAUUUCUGAAAAUGCUGACCUACUAUGAUUUUCAUGUACCACAAUCUCUAGAGUUUACAGAGAAUGGCCCGACAAAAGGAAAAUAUUCAGUGAGCAGAUGGGUGAAAAUGCAUGUUGAUCCCAGAGGUCAGAGGAAAAUGACCAGGCUGGGUCAAGCUGAUAGAAAGGCAACAGUAAGUCAAAUAACCACUCGUUGCAACUGAGGUAUGAAGCAGAGCACUCUGAACACACAACACAUUGAACCUUAAAACAGAUGGACCACAGCAGCAAGAGACCACACUGGGUGCCACGCCUGUCAGCUAAGAAUAGGCAACUCAGGCUACACAUUGCAUGGCUUUACCAAAAUUGGACAAUAGAAGAUUGGAAAAAUGUUGCCUGGUCUGAUGAGUCUUGAUUUCUGCUGUGACAUUCGGAUGGUAGGGUCAGAAUUUGGAGUCAACAACAUGAAAGCAUGGGUCCAUCCUGCCUCGUAUCAACAGUUCAAGCUGGUAGUGUAAUGGUGUGGGGGAUAUUUUCUUGGUACACUUUAAGCCCCUUAGUACCAUCUAAGCAUCAUUUAAAUGCCAUGUCCAUUCCUUUAUGACCACAGUGUACCCAUCUUCUGAUGGCUAUUUCCAACAGGAUAACGUACCAUGUCACAAAGCUCACAUCAUUUCAAGCUAGUUUCUUGAACAUGACAAUGAGUUCACUCUACUCAAAUGGCCUCCACAUCAGAUCUCAAUCCAAUAGAUAACUUUUGGGAUGUGGUGGAACAGGAAAUUCCCAUCAUGGAUGUGCACCCGACAAAUCUGCAGCAACUGCGUGAUGCUGUCAUGUCAAUAUGGACCACAAUCCCUGAGGAAUGUUUCCAGCACCUUGUUGAAUCUAUUCCACAAAGAAUUAUGGCAGUUCUGAAAAGGCAAAAGGGAGACCAAACUGGUACUGGAAAGGUGUACCUAAUAAAGUGGCCGGUAAGUAUAAAUAUUUUUUUACUUUUUUGUGAAAUAAAUAUCAUAAUUGACAAAAUCUGCUCUGCCAGUUUUUUCUAGAGCAAAGAAGAAUCUGUGGUGGCAUCAGAUUUCAUUUAAGUACAUAUGAUGUGUUAACAAUGAACUUUUCAAAAAUAGCAAUCUAUUUUUAUUUAUUUUUGUGAUUUAAAAGUUAUAUAAUUUUGUGUAUAUUGUACAUUGUCUGUCUGUAUUUAUUCAUAAAUAACUCCUCAAAACAGAAGAUUAUUCAAGACUAGCAAAGCUGUUUUUAUAAACUAUUUAAAUUCAUAGCAAUUGCAUAGCAUUCUUGAAUGACAUGGCGCUCAGUCUAGCCAUAUCUUAUGAAAAUGUGCAAUGUAUUUUUCUCCAGAAACACAGAAUGUCAAUGUUUUUUAGACUCUUAUUAUUUAAUAAAAUGUUGCAUUGCUUAAAGAGAUUUUGAUACAUGUUGGAUGAAGUAAGUCAGAUUCAGGUUCAAUAGAACAGCUCAGGUUGAUUUCAAGUUGAAGCUGGAUUUUUAAAGUAAGUAACAAAUAGUACAAUCUGACAAUACAUUAAAUCCACAAAUGUUUAAAGUGCCUAUUGAGAUGAUGUUAAAUAUAAGAAGAUCUUUGCCCUUUUAAGUUUAUGUUGUGAUUUUUAUUUAUGUAACCCCAACUUUAGUGGCUGCAGAAAGUAUUUAAAAUCCCACCAGACCCUGCAAUUGCUGCAACUCUUCUGUGUCUUACUAUUGAAAGUAACACAUUUUAAAUUGGAUUUAUUUGUUUUUUGGGGUUUUUUUUGCACUGUUAACAAAACAUGCUUAACAUUUUAGUAUAUUCUAACAUUCUUUAAUUCACUUAAUCCACUGGUACAACAAAACCAUUCCAUUCCACCAGUCCAUCUCAGGGCCCACACACAUGUCCAAUUUGAAAUCAUCAGUUACCGUAACUUAACAUUCAUAUCAGCAGUGAUGUUAGAAGAAAAUGUGAGUACCUGGAAUAAAACCACUGUAGUCACUUAAAAAAAUGAAAAAUUGAAAAUCUGGCUUUGAAAUGUUUUUGCUCCCUUAGCAUUACUAUCAUUUAAAAAACACUUUACUUCUCAAUGUAAGAUCAUCCUUUUGGUAAUUGCAAUAUUCAAUAUGAAGACCUAAGAACUAAGAAACAGUUGUUUUCAGAUGCAAGUCAGAUGAGGGGAUGGAAGAUUUUUAAAGACACUAAGUAUCCCAA